CUUACUACUCAGCCCGUUUCGUGCUCGCGCUGUUUAUACUCAAACAGUAAUGAAGUAAUGAGGUAGAUAAACAUAUCCACGAGUACGUAUAUGUACUUGAGUGCAAUGUCAUGUCACGCAAAAGCUGCAUUGCAUUGGUAAAUUGUUUAAAUAAAAUCUCUUCGUGCAACGGUAAAUCCCAAACUGAGAAAAAGCCAAAAUAAAUAUUCCAAAACUCCCAAAACACCCGCACAAUACAAAAUCAAACCAAAUUUCAGCCUUUCAUCUUCUUGUAUUGGUAUUCUCUGCGCCGCAUAUGUUUCGUAAUCACAUUUUAAUGGGCGUUGCGCACGCGUCCAACACACGUCUGUUGCGCCAAACAGCUGAGACCGCAAAAUUCCUAGCCAUAAUUUUCCUAUUUCUGACUGAGAAUGUCUCGCGCACCUGCUGUAGUUCCAACACGAUCGGUUAUAAAUCGAAUGAUGGCUAUGCAAGUUGGGUUGCCACACAGACGACAGGUGUGGUUAGCGGAACGGUCGCUGCAGCUACCGCCGACGAUACGCAUCGCUUGGCGAAACGAAUGGAUUUGGAGCUAUGUUUGAGCAAAUAUGAAAUCCACAAAAACACCAUUAUACGAACGGGCGAAUCACAAACGCUCGGUGGAAAGUACUUACAAGGACUUGAGUUGGAUACGGCGGAGGAGUGCCAGCGACUUUGUUGCGAAACGGAAUCGUGUGACGUUUACGUCUUCGAGGAUAAAAGUGACGGAUAUUGUUAUCUCUUCGAGUGUGGCCCACCAGAGAAUUUCCAUUGCAAAUUCACACGUCACGCUAACUACACAAGUGCCGUACUAACAGUUGCGCGCAAUGUGAAUGAGAAGACAACCGCUAAACCAACUGUGGCAGUCGUCAAAGGCACCAAUAGCAUUUCACAACAGGAAUGGGAAUUGACAAGUCUAAAAGUGAAACCAGAAGAGCGCAAUAGGAUAGCAUCAACGGCCGUUGGAGCUAGUGGUGUAGAAAGUGCCGGAUCUCCAGUGUUAGUUCCCGGCACCGCAACUAUCAGUGGAAAUGCAAAUGUGGUUGCAACCGCAGGACCCGUGCCUAUGCUGGGUGUGGAGCAAAUACCACCAAUUAGUGUGGCUUUUCCACAAAAAGUUUACCCAGUACAAUGUGGACGCUUUCAAUUUCCGUGCCAUUCGGGGGAGUGCAUUGCUGUCUAUAAUGCUUGCGACGGCAUUCCACAGUGCGAGGAUGGUAGUGAUGAGGGACCUGAAUGUUCUGGCGUCACUUCAACCGCAAAAGCUAAUGCUGAUGCAGGAUCCACGAAUGCUUUGGAUUCAAGUGGUCAAAAGUUGCCUUCUGAGACACAGUAUCAGCCAUCCCUUUCACAACAAACCAUGCAACAACAACAGCAACAACAACAGCAACACCAACAAUCAAUUCAACAAGCUCUGCCUGCCAUUAUUGCGCCAACUCUAGGUAAUCGGGAAGACGCUGGUGCUUGGGCAAAUCGAAAAACUGCGCAAACAGUUGGACAUGCAACAGAGAAAGAAACAAAUAACGUAGACUUAAAUAGUCCCAUUUCUAGUCACAAGGAAAGCAUUCAAGUGCCCAAUGCAGGUGUUAGUAGGCUAAGUAACGCCUAUUCUAACACCAAUUUAAACAACAACAAUAAUAACAAUGGCAACGUGAAUUUGAAUUCAGCUUAUAACACAGCGGCUAUGCAACGUAACGGUAUUUAUGUUCCACAAAUGGCUGAUUUAACUAAUGGCGGUACUUAUAUCCGGCAGCAACAACAACAAAUGGCACCACCACCACAACAACAGCAGCAGCAACAGCAAUAUAUCGUGCCACAAGGUAACUUGAUGAUGCCACCCAAUGCACAGUGGCAAUUGCAACAACAACAACAGCAGUUAUUGCAACAAGUAACGACACCACAGCGCAAUCAGCUUCCACAGCAGCAGCAGCAACCGCAGCAGCAACAACAAGCCCUGCCCCUACAACCUUACAUAAUUAACACAGCAGAGCAACAACAGCAACCGGUACAAACAGGAGCUAAAGCGCCCAUAGAAAGCGGCGUCGGGAUUAAUGUGAUUGGUAAAUCCUCAUUACAACAGCAACCACAAACAGCAGGUUCGCGGCAAAUAGUUCAGCAAUCGACUGUCCACGUGGCAGCUCCUUUGAGUUCUGUUAAAUCACAGAGCACAACUGUAACACAAAAGUCCGCAGCUGUACCAGCUAGCGCGUCUAAAACAGGCGUCGCAGAGGAGUAUGACGAUUAUGAUGAGGAAGAGUCAACAGAGCCACCAAAAAAGAAACACAAGCACAAGAAGCCAACUAGCAACCCUUCUAAAGCCGAUAAGGCCAAGGCUCAUAUGGAUCCAAUUGAAUUAGCACUAGUGGAACAAAGACAGCAUGCGCCAGCACCCCAGCCUGUCCAUGAGCAAUAUAAGUUAAUACAUGAAAAUCUUGGCUUAGAAUUUCGUGACCAUGAUGGACAAUCGGAGCGUCCCGGUGGUGCAAUGCUCUCCUUGACCCUUGGUCUACUAGUAACCGCCGCGCUCGGCAUACUCAUUGGCUGUCGCAUGCGUACGGUGGGUCGACGUACACGUCGCAUGGGCGGUAAGGUGCCUUAUUCACAUGAGGCUGAUUUCCUAGUGAAUGGCAUGUACUUGUAAGGCAAGCCAAGUGUGAGAAAGCUAGCGCGGCUGUAUGGUGGUGACUCAGCGGCAUAGAAGUAGAAAUUUCAAAAGGUAUAAAUGAAUGUGGAGAUAUUUCAAUCUACAUACAUACACACUAAUAUAUCUACAAAUACAAAAACUGUGCAGAUACUUACAUACAUACUUAUAUACAUAUUUCCUUUGUAAUGUUACUAGUUUAAUUAUUCGGUUUAAGCUAGACAAAUACAAAUGUACUUUGAGUAAUAUUGUCAGUUCAAAUAUUCAAGUGAAUUUAGAUACUAUAAAAGUUUAGAUGGGUAUUGCAUUCGUUCAUUUAGUCUCGAAAGGAUUCGGCAGUUUAAUAACAACAUUUUAUAAAUGUGAUUCAUUCAUGAGAAAACUAAACUAUAAACACACCACAUAUUAAUAAUAAA